AUGCUACCUACCGCCCCUACAGCCGGCGCCGCCGCCACCAACAACCACUACCAAAAUUCCCUUUCUGCUCCUUCCCUUCCUGGGAAACCCGACCAAAAACCCUUGUCUCUGCACGCUAAACCCUUCGCCACUGACAUGAUUGAUCCUUCAUCGUCAUCUUCAAUGGGUCCAAUGCGAAUCGAUGGAUCCGAAGACGACUUGAUCCUAUCCAAGUCCGAGUAUCUGACCCGACCCGAGGUGCUUAAACGCCGGGCCCGCCGGACUAAGCAACUGGUCCGGAUUUACCGGGACCACUACUGGGCCUUAAUGGAGGAGCUCAAACUCAAGUACAGAGAGUACUGCUGGGAGUACGGCAAAAGCCCUUUUCAAGAAGAUGAAGAGAACGAGAAAAUCAACUCGAAUUGCGGGGAUGGAACAAGGUGUGGGGUUCAUGGGUGCAAGGCGAAGGCCAUGGCAUUGACGAGGUUUUGCCAUAUGCAUAUACUUUCUGACUCCAAACAGAAGCUGUAUAAGGCUUGCAAUUUCUCUAUCAAAAGUAAUUAUGGUUUUACUGGUGGGCUAUCAGCUGCUCUGGCAGAGUAA